AUGAUUGGUGUUGUUAUAGAUGAACCCAUUAAUGUUGCUGCAAACUUCUUUGUUCCACAUGAAAAGCUAGCUAAUGCUCGUCUAACUAACGGAUUACCUGUGGGUGCCAACAGUGUAUACCUAGGGAACAUGGGCUCUCAUAUAGAAUGUAUAGACACAGAAAUCCAGGACUUAUCGACUUUGAAAUUGAGGACAUUUUUUCUAGAUUUGAUGUUGAGGUAUCUGGAAAUCACAUUUUGGGUCGAAAUCUCUUUGUCAAUGUUGCCUUAUCUCGACACUUUGCUGGAUCUCCUGCUCUCGUUAGUAGUGGUAGUUCCAGCCGUAGCAGAUGUGAAGUAUUGGGCUAAACUCAGAGACUACAGGGGCAGUUUCCGUCUUGCUGUUGGUCUUGAUGGAUGGCUUCCGCCGAAUUUUGUGGCCAGAUACAAAACUCUAGCAUAUGAUGCUGUGGUGGUAAGAAAUGGAGCCUUUACUCUGAAUGUUGUGCAAUUGGUAGCAAGAAGUGAUUCGCCAGAUAUUUUGAUUCUGGUCGAUUCGGAAGUAUCUGAAGUACUAAAAGAGUUAAAGUAUGCUGUUGCUUCUGCACCACUUUCGCCUCAUUCAGAUAUGUUGAUCGACCCACUCCAGCCACUCACCACCCAAAUGGGGUUAGAGGUGUAUGAGACUUUCGAAAAGGAUAAGGUCAAGUAUUCUCAAUACGAAGCAGCAAUAGAGAUGGCCAUUGAUGAUCUCAGGCAGAAAUCAACCAAUUUGCGUAUAUUGGUGGUAGGUCCCGGAAGAGGACCUUUACUACAAUCAGUAUUGAGAUGUUCUGGACAUGAGGAUAGCAUAGUUGCGGUUGAGAAGAAUUUAAAGUGUAUGGAGGUGUUAUCUUCAAUCGUGAAAGGAACAAAUGUGCAGCUAAUCCAUGGUGACGUGAGAACACUUGAAAUUGGUGAAGGCGAAGGCUAUGAUUUGGUGGUUUCGGAACUUCUAGGCUCAUUUGGAUGCAACGAAGCAUGUCCGGAGAUUUUACAGCAUUUGGCCAAUUCGACGCUGAUAUUUAUUCCGCAGGAGUAUUCGAGUUACGUACAGCCCAUUUAUACCAACUUGAAGACGGAGCUCAUUUCCAGGCCCUAUCUAGCACAGUUGAACAGUUAUUUCCCUGUUGGGGACCUUGUGGAGAUAUUUCACCACACGCGAGCAACAAAGUUGAAUCAGAAGACUAGUUUCUAUGUUGAGAGCCCGAUUAAACCAGGUGGAGAUCCACCGGAACUAAUUGGAAUGUCAAUGGAGGGAAUUGGAGAUCCCACCAUCGACUAUGCAAAUGCUCUUCAUGGAUUCUUUGACGCACAAUUGUAUGGCCCAUAUCACAUCAGUAUUCUUCCCCAUGCCAGCCCCCAUGUAAAAUGUCUGUCCUGGUACCCUAUGAUAUUUCCAAUAAAGGCAAGCAUUGGUGAGAGGAUAACCAUGAGCCGCUGCAGCGAUGAAAGAAGGAUGUGGUAUGAAUGGAAAGUAGGGGAUAUUCAUUUCAAUGCUGGAGGGACAUACUCUGUCGAUCUAUAG